UGUUGCUUCUUACUGAUGGAAUAAUUACACAACAAUUUGUUUGCUAAAAGCCAUGACCCAUGUGUACAAGAGCAGUGCAAACAAAUGCAUAAGACUUAGUGAAUGACAGUUUUAGCUAUAAGUAAUUUCAAGUGCUUAUCACCAGAUGUUCUUUUCCCAGUCUUAUCACACUUGUUCAGAGCGAGUACCUAUAGUAUGGAGUGCUACACAUGGAACUCAGGGUCAAGUCUGUUACAUACACACAUAUAAAAGCCAGUUUCCCACACAGCUGAGACCCAGGGACGUGAAUCACGACCUAGACAUAGCCAUGUUCUUGUUCGUCAGUUUUUUUGCCUUUGUGGCCACUGCGUUGGGGUGUGGAAUACCUGCUAUCAAGCCCCAAGUGAGCGGAUACAACAAGAUUGUAAAUGGACAGACCGCUGUGUCUGGGUCCUGGCCCUGGCAGGUUUCACUUCAGGAUGGCAGGGGAUUCCACUUCUGUGGUGGAUCCCUGAUCAACGAGUACUGGGUUGUUACUGCUGCUCACUGCCGUGUGUCACCUAGAAACCACCGGGUAAUCCUGGGAGAACAUGAUCGUCAGUACAACAGUGAGCCAAUUCAAGUCAAGACCAUUUCCAGGGCCAUCACUCACCCCUACUACAACUCCAAUAACUUCAACAAUGACAUCACCCUUCUGAGGCUGUCUUCCCCAGUACAGAUGACAUCUCGUGUGUCUCCUGUGUGCCUGGCCUCCUCUAGCACCAGCAUCCCCUCUGGAACCCAGUGUGUCACCACUGGGUGGGGCAGGACUGGCCAAACCUCAAGCCCCCGCUACCUCCAACAGACUGCACUGCCUCUGCUCAGCCCUGCUCAGUGCAAGCAGUACUGGGGUACUAACAGAAUCACUGAUGCCAUGAUCUGUGCUGGCGCUUCUGGAGUCUCCUCCUGUCAGGGUGACUCUGGUGGCCCUCUGGUCUGUGAGAACAGUGGAGUGUGGUCACUUGUGGGUAUUGUGUCCUGGGGCACCUCUAACUGCAACGUGCGCACCCCUGCCGUGUACGCCCGUGUGUCCUACCUGCGGAGAUGGAUUGACCAGAUUGUUGCUUCCAACUAACGUGCAAAGUGCAAACACAGAAAAUCUGCAAUAUACUUGUGCUUACAUGUAUCCCCACACUUCAUCAUCCUCCUCCUCAGUGUGAUCAAUGAGUGUCGGGUUAACAGGUUGAAUGCAGCAUUAAUACCAGCUGUCACAGGGAUGUUCGGCUACUAAUUCUAUUGAGUUCGAUUGGUAGCAACCACUCACUGUACUGCCAUGUUUGGUACA